UCACUUUCUAUUUCUGUCGUCCACGAGGCAAUGGACUAUGAAGUCAGUUCUGCUGCCGUUCUUGUUCCUCGAAUCGGUGAGCAACUCUCUCAAAGCCUCAGCACUCUAAAAGACCGCUUUAUUCUUGAUGAUUACGUCAACGCGGAGCAGACGUCCAUGUCCCCUCUUUUCCAAUCUAUCCAGGAAGAAUGUCCCACCGAUAUCAUCACUUUUCACCAUCAGGAAGAGGUCGUAGCCACCAAUGACUCCCAAGAUUCCACUCUUCCUCUUUUGGGAGAUCUUGAUUCCAUCGAUGCUAAUGACCUCUUUUCUUUUUUCCUUGAAGACGCUCCCGUUUUAGACUCUAAAGCUUUAGUCGACUCUAAUCUGCAAGAUACUCUAACGUCAGUUUUUAAUGCACCCUCUGAUACGGCAUCACACGCGCCAUUACCCUCCGAUCUUGAUAUUCCAUUGGACCUCCUUGAUCUCAUCGAUUCCUCGUUGAGUGAUUCACCUAGGCAAAAUUCAGGCUCUUCUUCCUCCUCCGAUCCUCCACUGGGAAGAAAAAUGAUCAUAGAUGAGAGUUCCCCCUAUUAUUCAGAAGUAAACGAUGAAUACUACGGAAGUGGAGAUGAGGAGUGCAUUGAACGAGCCAUGCCUCGAGGGCAUGGUCGGAGAAUUAAUCGUUCUAGUCCACCUUUAUGUCUUCACAAUGAGGAUCUGGCUCGUGGCAAACCUGGACAACGGUUAGUUCUUACAGCUGAAGAGAAACGCCUUCUAGUGCAGAUGGGUCAACGCGUUCCGACAGUGUUUCCACUUACACGUUGUGAGGAGCGGGCAAUUAGAACAAUGCGACGGAAGAUACGUAAUAAGCUUUCAGCUAAAGCGAGUCGUGCACGACGCCAGGAGUACCUUUCCAGACUUGAAUCGCGGGUAGCUGAUUGCCACAAGGAAAAUCAACGCUUACGUUGUCGUGUUACAGAGUUGGAAAAGGACAAACGUGGCCUACUGGCGAACCUUCGCCAGAUGCGCUCCUAUGUGGCUCGCUUGAUUGCAGGUACUUGGUCGCCAACGAGCAGUGGCUGUGGCUUGAAAAGCGAUCCAGCCGCGUCUCCGCUGCAACAAUUCUUGCCUCUUACCAUACCCCGUCAGAAUCAACAGCAACAGCAACAGCGAUUGCGGGUGAAGUCAGGUAAACCGGCCAGUCUACUGUUGGUGGCACUUAUGAUCCUUGCCUCUGCUACUAUCUUGCCUCUGCCUGCUUUGGAUACGCUCGCCUCCAAGGAUUUGUCAGCCGCUGAUCAAGGGAUUCUUUCUGGUCGAUCCAGAGUCCUGCUGAACCAGAAGACGGAGGAAGAUUACACGUGGGACCACAAAGCUGAGAAUUCUCUAGCUCCUCCGCCUUCUGUUGCCAACAGUGUGACCGUUCCAGAAAGCAAUGAUUUCGGCACCAAGACAAAGUUUCGCGUCUUGAACAAGAGUUCAGAUCGAAUGAUUAUUCAGUCAUUGAAAGCGGAGGAGGCGGAUCAAUUCGAUCCGUUCCUGCUGCCGACAGGUGUGGAAAUGCAGAAAGGUCCGGCGCCGAAGCUAAAAAAAGGACCCGAUAUCAGCCCUCAGCAAAGUGUUUUGAUGCCAUACUCUGUGGAGGAUCUUUAA